ACGUAUAUAUCAUCAACUGUGUUAUCUAUACAAUAAUAUGUAAAUAAAUGUAAUAUAUGAUUGUCUUCUAAAUAGAUAAUUAAUAAAAUUAAACCGGAGAAACACUCAAUUAUUUGUGUUUAAUAUAUCUCUUGAUAGAUUUGGUGGAUUAAUGUCAUUUUUUUUAAACAUUGUAUAAACUUUUAUUAAAGCAUUUUAUAUAUGGAGUAAUCAUUUAAGUGAUUAAAGUGUACAAAAUAUCAAUUUAAUAUACACGUACAUAGAUAUCGAGUCACAGGUGUUUUCCCAGUCACCUUUUUAUAGAAACAGUUUUUGGAAUAGAAGAUUACAUUACUAGUACUGUUGAAAGAUAGCAACUAACUCAUUGUAAAUUUACGUAUGCUACUAAAUAACAACUUUAACUCAAUGGUGUAAAUGAAAAAGUUUAGGCCUCAUCAAGAGGUAUCCUCAUGAGAAACAUUCAGCUGAACCCUCUCUUGAUGCUGAUAAAUUUACAAGCAAAAGAACUGCUUCGGAUAUGGACUAUCAGUCUGUAUCUAGACAUUGCUGCCAUGCGGAGACGUCAAAUAAAGAAUCGGUCAUCUUCUGUGAGCCUAAAACGACCAGACCGUGUAGCUGCGCCGAAUGUUCAACACACGUGAAAGAGUCGGAUCAUUCUACAUUUAGAAACGGACAAACCUGCAAACAAGGAGGUGAUGCUGCAGCAGCUCAAGGAUGUACGAAUUGUCUAGAAGAAAAACCAGGUCAUCACUCAAGUUCUGAUGCAACGCCAACAGUUAUUGGCAAGUGCGCAACUGCAGCUUCUAAUUCGGGACUUAAAUGUUCAACCUGUCGUUCAUGCUCAAAGUGUAAUAGCACCGAUCAAAUAGUUCAGAAAACACCACAUAAUCAGUCUCAUCAAUUGCAUUAUCAGAGAACCUGUGAUCUGCAUCUUCAGCAAAAUGGAAGGAUAGGUGACGGUAGACAACACGAAAAUUCGUAUACGUUAAACAUCAAUCAUGACAAAAACGAAACUGUUGAAGUUGUUGAACCACCACGUGCUAAACGUGAUGCGAAUAUGGAAUAUUCAAAGGAAGAUUUAAGUGAUGAUACCAGUGAUUUUAAAGAAAGAGAUGAGAACAUACGAGACUAUCAACUCCAGCAAAUGAUAAAUGAAAGAAAGAUAAUAAAACGAGUACAAAAUGACAAUGCAGAAUUCGAAAAACUCAGAAGAAACUACAAUAGUUUGAAGAAGCUGUUUGUAGCAUUGGCCACAUUGAAUAUAAUACUCAUUGUGUUUGUAGUUUCCAUAAUGCCCUUUAUUCUAGUCACCUUCAAAAUGUACGGCGGUGGGGAGGUGCCAUCAGGAGAAACUAUAGAAAACAUAGCAGAAAAGCAAUUAUCGUCUAACAAGGCGAAAGAUAUCAUUAAAGAGCAUAUUUUGUGUGUAGAUUGCAAACGAGUAACAUAUGAGUUAUCAAACAUUUUCAUCAAAACAGAUGGAAAAGGUUGUUGCUUAAACGACGUAGUGUCACUAGUUGAAAACGUAUUGGAUAGACAAGAAAAGAAUCUCAACACACGGUGGAAUGCAAUAACAAGAAAUUAUAUGAUUGGAAGUGGCAACAGACAAACUCAAUCAAAUGAAUCAACUGUUUCUAAUGAAGAGAAUACCAAGGUAUCCAGGCUGAUCAAUACUUUGCUCACAAGAAAACGUUCGGCCAUACAUCUGUCUGGAACACUAGUGCGACACCAUACCAUGACGUGGACACAUAGUUUUCCUGAGAAAAUGGCGGGAAAACUGAACCAUCACAAUAACGCGAUACGUGUAGAAAGUGGGGGCGUCUACUUUCUGUACAGCUGUGUUCGUUUUAAAGCCGAAAAAUGUGACCGGACAUACAGUGUUGGGUACAAAGUGAUGACAAAACAAGGCAACACGAAUGUCCCGGUAGCAUCCGUUCAACAUCAAUGUAGAAAUGGCGUCAAUUCAGAAACUGACCUCAUUAUACAAAAGGUUAUAGAAGUGGAAGUCGCCACGACGCUGCACGUGCAAAUAGAUUAUAGUCCUGGUCUCGUUUCUAAAGAUCAUCAACAUUAUUUUGGCUUGUUUGAGAUUUAACCUUCAACCUGCUGAUUGUGUGUAAUGGAUGUGGCCGACUUUGAAUUUGGAACAGUCCAUUUGAAUUUUAAGGGUAUUCAAUAACAAAAUACAAAAAUUGAACAACAAUCAGGAUAGAUAUCUGGAAAAAAGUGUGGUCCCUUGGAAACUUUAACCAUAAGAAAAUUACAUGAAAAUUGCUGACUCAGUUUGCUUGAGUCUGUUAAUGAGGAAUAGAUCCCUCACGAAUGUUGAUCACGAAGGACCAGAAAAUAUAACAACACUGAAGUGAAGUACGGGACAACUUUUUACAGCUGCCACACAACACUUUAAAAGCUACAGUUGUGAAGUAUAAAAAUCUGGAAAAAGUGUGAUCCCUCGGAAGCAAUAAAUAAUCAAAACAAAAUUACAUGAAAAUUGCAGAACCUUGUCAGAUUAUACAGAUGUGUUGGCUGACCAGGCAUUAUACGAAUUUUGGCUUUAUAUUUGGUAACAACAGGUUGUGUUUUAAAUGCUCAUAACUUACAACACGUACAUAUAUCAUACCAUCUAAAUUCAAGAACACGUAUUCAUGCAGAAAUAUAUAAUACGUAUUUUGCAACCUUUUCAUGGUACAUAAUUUUCCAAAAAUGAUUUUAACUUUCAUUUUAAUAGUUUAGUAGAGCACCUAAAUGCUUUACUUACAAGGUAUUUUAAAGGUACACUAUGCCUCAAAAAUAAAACAAUUUUUUUCUUUAAAAAGGGAAACACGAGUAAAAUAGCGUUUAAAUAACCGAUUUACAUCACGUUAAAUGCUUAAUACCAGUCCUGAUAAAAGUAGUGAUAAUUGUGUAUAAAAGUAGUGAUAAUUGUGUAUAAAAAGUAGUGA